CACCAUCUUGCAUCAACUCUCUCUCCACAUAUCCACAUCUCCAUCCUCCCAUGGCCCCCUUCCGCUUUCCGUAUCCUACGACAGGAUCGGUGACUUUCGCCAAUGUGCUCCUAGACCGCAGCGCAGCGUACACCCACGAGCUCGCCGAAGCAACAGUUGCGCGCACAAAGCUCCAGCUCGCCCUCAAAGCAGCUGCUGCCGGGGAACAGGGCGCGUCCGCCAUCGCUGUGCUCGAAGCUGUGCAGGUCUAUCUUCCUUAUCUGCGCGGCAUCAUCGCGUGUCUUGACACCGAUGAUCUCUUGUUCAAGGGUGACCCCGUAUUCCUCUGGGCUUCGAGUCUGACGCGAUACACCGUGUCUGCGCCGCUUCUGCCCUUCCCUUCCAUCCACGCUGAGCACCACUUUGUCCUUCUCGUUUACACCAUUGCGCUGUGCAACUAUGCAGCCAGCAUACUAUCCUCACUGCCGACUUUUGAGUCGAGCGGCCACGGUGUGCCCAUCCUCAACUCCGAUGACGAGAAGAAGACAACUGCCGCUCUUACCCGCGCAGUCGACCUUCUCUCACAGGCCUCGGGCGUGGCGGAUUGGGCAGCCACCAACGUCACCCCACAGCUCGAAGAAGGCCGCAAGAUCACUGGGGGCCGCGUUGGAAAGGGCAACAAAUGGCCUGUCGAGACUGGGCCGGAGGGAUUCCGCGGUCUUUCCAUGAUCCUUCUCGCCGACGCACAUGUAACCGCAAUUCGCAAGCUCCUUCUCCCCGUGCUGGGGCAUCAGCUCUUCGCGCCUCCUGGCCCGCCCCUCCCAUCCGCGCAUCCGUCUCCCUCCCUCCUUGGCAAGCUCUACCUGCACGUCGCGUCGCUGUACUCGCAGGCCUCGGCGCUUUUCGCGGCCCACGACGGGCCUGCGGCCAAGAGCAAACUGUUUGCGCGCGACCGCCUCCCCGGCGAUCCAGACGUCGCCGAGAGUGAGGUGAUCCCCGACCUCAAACGCUAUUUGCGCAAGGAGGCGCUUGUGUCCUCUGCGCUGGCGUACAAGUGGCUCGGGGUGGAUGCGGGAGAGAAUGGGAAGGGCGCAAAGGUCGGCGAGGCGCUAGCAUGGAUCUCAGAAGCACGUGGACGUCUCGCUCAGCUGGAGGACGGCAAGGUCGAGGCCAAGAUGAAGGGGCUGAGUAUUGGGCGCGGGGCCGAGCGGCGGAAGGAAGCGCGCAAGGCGCGGCAGGGGCGGAUUGAGCGCGAGAUUGCGGACGCAGACGCGUGGAUCAGCACCUACAAGAAGACGAACGACACGGUCGCGUUCCAGCCCGUCCCUCCAACAACCAGUCUUGUCGCGCCGCCUGGGCGGCCGAUUUUCAACGCCAAGGUGUUCACACCUCCAGAUGCCAAGCUCGCCCCACUGUUCCGAGAUGAGGAUGGCGACUUGGAACGUCGCCGUGGGCCAUCGUCUCCUCGCGAGCCAGAGUACGCAGGCAAGGGUAACUACUUCUAGCUGCGCGCCAGCGGUGGGAAGUGGAAGCUGCAUAAUCUGCAGGAGGAGGGAGAAGUCAAUAGCAUGUGGCAUGCGUGUCUCGAGUCAGCUCGGUGAUGUCAGAAGGGCGCACAUGUCUUGCGUGCAUAUUCAUUACCAUUGGUGGUAGAGCCGGAGAAGAGAAAAGCGUACAGAACCGGCGAU